UAUGUUUAAUUAAUUUUACUACUACUACUUCUUGACGACCCCGACCUGCGCCGCUCGAAUGGUCCGGCCCUUCAUCGUGAAGCCCGUCUUCACGACCUGGCCCACGGUCCCCGCCUCUUUGUCUUCGUCGGGGUACUCAAACAACGCUUCAUGCAGCCCGGGGUCGAAGGCGUCACCAACCGCGCCAAACUCCUCGACGCCCUGCGCGCCGAAGGCCUUGACUAAUUGGCCCCGCGUGAGUUCCACGCCCUCGAUCAAGGAUUCCAGCGACGCGUCGUCGCCCUUUGCUGCUUCUAAAGCAUAUCCCAGACUGUCGGAGACGUCCAACAGACUCUUCGCGAAGCCCUGCGACGCAAAGUCCUUCGCGGCCUGGACGUCCCGCCUCGCAAUCCUUCGCGUGUUCUCCUGCUCGGCGAUAGCGCGCAGCAGCUGGUCUUUUAGGUCCUUCUUCUCGUUCUCGAGCUUCUCGAGCGCGGCCGCGGCCUCGUCAACUGGUUCCGCCUCGUCGGCGUCCGGCGCCGGCGCCGCGGCUUCUUCCUCCUUAUCAGUAUCGUCCUUCGUGCUCAGCGCGCGCCAGCAUUGUCGCCUACUGCGUGGUGCCGCAAGGCAGGGUGACCGCACGCUGCGCUGCAAGGCGCGGCUCGCCGUGCGCGCGAGCAGCAAGGAGGCCAUCGAUGCGACGGCUGGCUUAAGCACGACGUAUAAUGACGCUCUUGCACGUCCUCAA